ACCAAAGAUGUUGCCGUGGCCUCGCCGCACAAGAAAAUCACAGCAGUACAGCACCAGAAACAGAAAGGUAGUAGAUCAAGGAACGCCAGUGCGGCGACAAUGACCGGCAGUGGAAGCACGGGCGCCAAUGGCAAGAGCCAGAGCUCCAGGGCCAAGGCAAUGCUGCUCGCCUUGGGCAAGAGCUUUCCUGACCAAGUUCUGCCUCAGGAGAAGGUUGUGGAGAGCUACCUCCAAGAAAGCAGCUGCGACGAUCCCGCCACCAGGGCCAAGCUUCAGCGCCUUUGCACGACUACAACAGUGAAGACAAGGUACACUGUUAUGUCCAAGGAGCUAUUGGAUAAGCACCCAGAGCUGAAGAUGGAGGGUACUCCGACACUGACACCCCGCCUUGACAUCUGCAAUGCCGCGGUGAUCGACCUUGGUGCUGCCGCAGCUCGCGCUGCCCUUGACGAAUGGGGUCGCCCUGCAGCUGAUAUUACCCACCUCAUCUACAUCUCAUCAAGUGACCUUCGUCUCCCAGGGGGCGACCUUCACCUGGCUGCUCGCCUUGGCCUUAGCCCAAACACCGUGCGCACUUCCCUUCUCUUCCUUGGCUGCUCCGGUGGUGCUGCUGCCCUCCGCACUGCCAAGGACAUUGCUGAGAACAAUCCAGGGAGCCGUGUCCUAGUAACAGCUGCUGAGACCACUGUGCUAGGCUUCCGGCCACCAAGUUAUGACCGUCCUUAUGACCUUGUUGGUGCUGCGCUGUUUGGUGAUGGUGCAUCAGCCGUGAUUAUAGGAGCAGGUCCCAUGACACCAGCAGAAAAUCCUUUCUUGGAGCUUGAGUUCUCCACGCAGGAGUUCCUACCUGGGACUGAUAAGGUAAUUGAUGGCAAAAUCUCAGAGGAAGGAAUUAAUUUUAAACUAGGGCGUGAUUUGCCUGAGAAGAUUGAAAGCCGCAUAGAAGGUUUCUGCAGGACUCUCAUGAACAAGGUAGGGAUAAAGGAUUUCAACGAUAUAUUUUGGGCUGUGCAUCCUGGUGGACCAGCAAUAUUGAACAGGCUUGAGUUCUGCCUUAAACUUCAGCCAGAGAAGCUCAAGAUUAGCAGAAAAGCCUUAAUGAACUAUGGAAAUGUGAGCAGCAAUACAAUCUUCUAUGUGCUGGAGUACUUGAGGGACGAGUUAAAGAAAGGGGCAAUAAGUGAAGAGUGGGGAUUGAUCUUGGCUUUUGGCCCAGGCAUCACCUUUGAAGGACUGCUAGUUCGAGGUGUAAAGAAAACCUUCACAAGCUAAUAUAAUGGUGGGUACAUGGCAAGCAUAAAGAUUAAUUAUAUAUACAGAAACAUCACAUAAAGAGCAUAGAUGUCUCGGUGGAAGCUGAGCACCACAUAGCACAUCGCUAAUAUUUUACUGUAUUUGUGUUCUUCAUCUAUCAAACAGUGUAAGGUACUUGAGUUUGCUUCCUAGACAUUGUAGAAAUAAGGCACUAUACAGCCUGUUGUAGUGUUGUUCCACUGUACUAUGCAAUGAUUGCAGGAUUACUUUAAUACUGCUUGUAUGGAUGAGUGAACUGAUUACAGUGCAAAUAUCAUAUUUUCUAAGGAAAA